UCCAGGAGCUGAUGAACCACUGCAGUAUCCAUGCCAGUAUUCAGAUGAAGGCCAAAGCAACUCUGCCACUAGUACAGGUUCAUUCAUGGACAUCACUUCUACAAAUACAAGUAACAAGAGUGAUGCUAACGUGGAACCAAGUGACUUCCAAGGAGCUUCUACCAAUGACACUAUUAAACGUUUAGAGUCAAAAUUAGCACAGCAAAUGAAAAAUACAGCCAAGCAGCCGGGUGAUCCUGGCCGUUUGAGUUUACCCCCAUCUCGUGGGAGCAGUGUGGAGAGCUUGUCAGACGUUCGUGCACGACCACAGUCAGCCCUUGUUUCGGGAGAAGCCAAAAGGAUGAGUGCUGACAUGUCUGAAAUAGAAGCAAGAAUAGCUUCCAUCACAGGAAACGGACAGCAGAGGCGCAGAUCCAUUCAAGAUCUUAGUGUUGCUGGAACAGAGUCCAGUCAGGAGAGUAGAAACAGCAGUAGAUCAUCUAGUCCUAGUGUGAGAAUGAUCACUACCUCGGGACCAACCUCUGAAAAGCCAACUCGUAAUCCAUGGACACCUGAUGAUGCAGAGACCAAUGGGUCAGAUAACUCCAUCCCAAUGGCAUAUCUUACAUUAGAUCAUCAGUUACAGCCUCUAGCACCAUGCCCAAACUCCAAAGAAUCUAUGGCUGUGUUUGAACAGCACUGCAAAAUGGCACAAGAAUAUAUGAAAGUUCAGACAGAAAUUGCAUUGCUGUUGCAGAGGAAACAAGAACUAAUAGCAGAACUGGACCAGGAUGAAAAAGACCAGCAAAACACAUCCCGUCUGGUACAAGAACAUAAAAAGCUGUUAGAUGAGAACAAAAGUCUCUCAACUUACUAUCAGCAAUGCAAAAAACAAUUAGAGGUCAUCCGAAAUCAGCAACAGAAGCGGCCAGGCACAUCAUGAUUUCCUGGGACCUUUCAAAUGAAAAAUAUGCACAGAAAAGACUGAUAUUUUUUUUAUUGUUAUUAUUAUCCCUUAUUAUGACAACUCAUGAGUGUUAGCUUCUUGGUGUGAUCUGUAUUUGUCUGCUACACUUAACAUCAUUUAAUUUUCUUUUUCCUUUGGUGGACAUCCAGUUCAACAGGUUAAUCAAAUAAGGUGAGAAAACAAUGACUUGAAUUAACCAACAGCCCUCAGUUUAAAGCAAGAACAGUGGCUGUAUGCAUGAUCCUUGUGUGAAGGCUAGCAUAACAAGUGUUAAAGUGGCUGCUAAAUUGUAAGAUCUUGUUUUUAGUUUUUGGUGUUACCUCGAUAAGAGCAAAACAAAAACUUUCCUGUUUAAGAAUGGUUCUGUUCCAGUGUCUCAUCUCAAACUAUUAAUAUGAUGAUUAUUUUCAGGACUUAAACAUGCACCAAGCCGCAGAGGUGAUGUUGGCUGACCAGAGUAAUUCAUGAUGCAUUAGUGAUGCCUUUUACCUGUAGACAUAGUGUAUUUUUCCCACAUGCAAAAUGGUAGGCAAACUGAUGCCAGCAUCCUUGGUUCAGUGCUUGAUAGCCCUGCAUUUUGACUAAUAUAUUUCUUGUAAUCUUGCAUUCAUAAAACAUUUGAAGUAAAAGGCUGUAUUUUCUUUACUUUCUUGGGGGAAUGACAUGCAGUUUCAUUUAGUUACUGGGAAAAAGUUCUGAAGGUGAUUCACUGGGCAAAGUUGGUCCCUUGUAUAAAAGAGAGAGAAAGAAUCAAAAAUGUGUGAAAGUGUGUUUUAAACCUUUAAAGCUUUUGUCCCUGUAGCAUCUUUGGAAGGAAAUGCAGAAAAAUUAAUACAAAGCUUUAAAUACUUGC